AUGCAGACCUUCAGAUACAUCACUCAUCAAGUCCCUCUGCGCUUAAGGGUCUGCUUGGGCUUGCCAUUGUCCUCGGCUGCCACCUCACGCACCUUCUUCACCAGUCCUGUGCAGAACAAAUCAUCAGAACAUCAUGAACUGCCGAAGGACUCUGCACUGUCAACAGAAUCAGAACUUACAGACGACUCUGAAACCCCAAACGAUCCUGAGCUACAGAAAGAGCGUUUGCGACAGUACAAGAAUGCAUGGAGUCGCAAUAAAUAUCACACCAAUCCCAUCUGGCGAGAGCGUGACAACGCCCGAUCGAGCAUCUACAAGCGCAAUAGGCGCGCCGUCGAUCAAGAAUAUUGUGAUCGGCACGUGGAAUAUGCUAGGAAACACUAUAAGACCAAAAGGGACACAGAUCCAGACUUCGCCAUCCGACUCACGCUGGGCGAAUGGGUUUAUCAAUCAGCUGUGACCCGCGAACAACUUUCCUGGAAGACACAUGUUCCCAUAUUGACCUCAGAGAAAUUGGAAAGAUACUGUGCUUCUUGUGGUGGAAAACGCCGUGGAGGCAUGAGGUUGUAUUGGCGCCGCCGACAAGAAUCACAGGCCGGCGAAGACGUGUACGAUUGUAAUCGCUGCUUCUUUAACAACCCUGCGAUAAGGCUGCCCGAAGGAUUCGACCAUGUCAAGACCGUAGACCAGUUGCGUUUACGUCGGGAACAACUUCUGGGCAUCAAAACUAGACCAUAUAAAUGGAGAACUACUUCGCCAACUCCAGGAACCUGA